AUUUUGGGAAGAGUCAACAAUGCAAGUUUGUUGCAGGAGGCUGCUAUGGGCGCGGCUAUUCCACACAUUACGGCGCGAGGCGAAAGCCUUAGUGGAAGCGCGUCCUGCGCGGGGUCGGGGACCCCGACUGCGCCUUGGCCCGGCCUUCGGUUCCGAGUCCUUUCCGUGUGUAGUCUCCCGGGGGUGGCGGCUCUGGGUGCGGGCACGGAGGCCCCAGGACCAGCUGGUGCGAAGACUCGGUUCUUUACGGCCCGGUUCCCACCCAGGUCUCGCGAGAGCGCAGGCGCAAGUGUCGCGAUAAGUGGGCGCGGGCGGAGCGGAGGGAGAUCCGAGCGGCGGCGGCAAGUGGGCUGCGGGAGACUGAGCAGCACUCCAAGCUCACCGGCCUUUGGUCUCCAGGACUCGUUCCAGCAGUUCCUCGAACUGAGAAUUACACCAUCGGACCCCCUGGCUCUGAGGCCUUCAGACUUGGACUGUGUCACACUGCCAGGCUUCUAGGGCUCCAGCUUACAGACGGCCUGUUGUGGGACAGUCUCCCUAAUCGUGAAAGCAACCAUGGAAGACCUGGGGGAAAACACCACGGUUUUAUCCACCCUGAGAUCUUUGAACAACUUCAUCUCUCAGCGGGUGGAGGGAGGAUCUGGACUGGAUAUUUCCACCUCGGCCCCAGGUUCUCUGCAGAUGCAGUACCAGCAGAGCAUGCAGCUGGAGGAAAGAGCAGAGCAGAUCCGUUCGAAGUCUCACCUCAUCCAGGUGGAGCGGGAGAAGAUGCAGAUGGAACUGAGUCACAAGAGGGCUCGAGUGGAGCUGGAGAGAGCGGCGAGCACCAGUGCCAGGAACUACGAGCGCGAGGUUGAUCGCAACCAGGAGCUCCUGACGCGCAUCCGGCAGCUUCAGGAGCGGGAGGCUGGGGCGGAGGAGAAGAUGCAGGAGCAGCUGGAGCGCAACAGGCAGUGUCAGCAGAACCUGGACGCUGCCAGCAAGAGGCUUCGUGAGAAAGAGGACAGCCUGGCCCAGGCCGGCGAGACCAUCAGCGCACUCAAGGGGAGGAUCUCGGAACUGCAGUGGAGCGUGAUGGACCAGGAGAUGCGGGUGAAGCGCCUGGAGUCGGAGAAGCAGGAGCUGCAGGAGCAGCUGGACUUGCAGCACAAAAAAUGGCAGGAAGCCAAUCAGAAAAUCCAGGAACUCCAGGCCAGCCAGGAAGCAAGAGCAGACCACGAGCAGCAGAUUAAAGAUCUGGAGCAGAAGCUGUCCCUGCAAGAGCAGGAUGCUGCGAUUGUGAAGAACAUGAAGUCAGAGCUGGUGCGGCUCCCUAGGCUGGAGCGGGAGCUGAAGCAGCUGCGGGAGGAGAGCAUGCACCUGCGGGAGAUGAGAGAGACCAACGGGCUGCUCCAGGAAGAGCUGGAAGGGCUGCAGAGGAAGCUGGGGCGCCAGGAGAAGAUGCAGGAGACGCUGGUUGGCCUGGAGCUGGAGAACGAGAGGCUGCUGGCCAAGCUGCAAAGCUGGGAGAGACUGGACCAGACCACGGGCCUGAGCAUCAGGACUCCAGAAGACCUUUCCAGAUUCGUGGUUGAGCUGCAGCAGAGGGAGCUUGCCUUGAAGGACAAGAACAGCGCUGUCACCAGCAGCGCCCGGGGGCUGGAGAAGGCCAGGCAGCAGCUGCAGGAGGAGCUCCGGCAGGUCAGCGGCCAGCUGCUGGAGGAGAGGAAGAAGCGCGAGACACACGAGGCGCUGGCCCGGAGGCUCCAGAAACGCGUCCUGCUGCUCACCAAGGAGCGGGACGGCAUGCGGGCCAUCCUGGGGUCCUACGACAGCGAGCUGACCUCGGCCGAGUACUCACCCCAGCUGACACGGCGCAUGCGGGAGGCAGAGGAUAUGGUGCAGAAGGUGCACAGCCACAGCGCCGAGAUGGAGGCUCAGCUGUCGCAGGCCCUGGAGGAGCUGGGAGGCCAGAAACAAAGAGCAGACAUGCUGGAGAUGGAGCUGAAGAUGCUAAAGUCUCAGUCCAGUUCUGCCGAACAGAGCUUCCUGUUCUCCAGAGAGGAGGUGGACACCCUCAGGUUGAAGGUCGAGGAGCUGGAGGGCGAGCGGAGGCGGCUGGAGGAGGAAAAGAGGAUGCUGGAGGCACAGCUGGAGCGGCGUGUGCUGCAGGGUGACUAUGACCAGAGCAGGACCAAAGUGCUGCACAUGAGCCUGAACCCCGCCAGUGUGGCCAGGCAGCGCCUGCGUGAGGACCACAGCCAGCUGCAGGCAGAGUGCGAGCGACUGCGAGGGCUCCUGCGCGCCAUGGAGAGAGGUGGCACCGUCCCAACCGACCUUGAGGCUGCUGCCGCGAGUCUGCCAUCAUCCAAGGAGGUGGCAGAGCUGAAGAAGCAGGUGGAGAGCGCCGAGCUGAAGAACCAGCGGCUCAAGGAGGUUUUCCAGACCAAGAUCCAGGAGUUCCGCAAGGCCUGCUACACGCUCACCGGCUACCAGAUCGACAUCACCACAGAGAACCAGUACCGGCUGACUUCGCUGUACGCCGAGCACCCGGGCGACUGCCUCAUCUUCAAGGCCACCAGCCCCUCGGGCUCCAAGAUGCAGCUGCUGGAGACGGAGUUCUCGCACACCGUGGGCGAGCUCAUCGAAGUGCACCUGCGACACCAGGACAGCAUCCCCGCCUUCCUCAGCUCGCUCACCCUCGAGCUCUUCAGCCGCCAGACCGUGGCCUAGCCUGCAGCCGCUCCGCUCAGCCGGACCUGCGGGUCCCCUGCCCCGCCAGCCACAGGCUGGGUGCACGUCCUGCCUCUCCAGCCCCGCAGCAGCGGUAUGACUGACAGACACGCCGAGACCUACGUCAGACUUCUGCUGGGGCGGCCAGCACCCUCCCCACGUGCAGACACUGUGUGUCCCAGAGCCUGGUGUGCGGGCGUCGGCUGCCAGCCCAGGUUCCUCACCUUGUGAAAUAAAGUCUUCUCCCCCAGACAGUCCA